AUGGCGGCUCCCAAUUCAGCUAACCAAAGCCUUCCUCUUUACUCCUCCGUCGAUCCUCCGUUUACUCUCCCCACUCCUCCUCCUAAUCAUCCUAUCAACAUCUCGGAAGUGGUGAUCGACGAGGACAACCUUCUUGGCUGGGGAGAAGAUUCCUACGUGCACAAGGCCUCCCACCCGCCUACUGGCAAGGACUAUGCUUUGAAGAGGCAGCGCCUUGGACUUGGAAAAUUUAGCCGCCAAAUAUUCAGCACCGAGAUCCAGCUACUCUCAAAUCUCGACCACCCCAACAUCAUCAAAUUCUUUGGCUACAAGACUGAUGGCGAAGCUACCUAUCAGUAUGGAGGUCCCCAACUGCUCCUCGAGUAUAUGGACCUCCUCUCCCUCGAAAGCAAAUACUUUCCAGAUGAAGCCUAUCUCUCUUUCGUGGCCAAACAGAUUCUUUCAGCUCUCAACUACCUCCACACUCGCAACAUUGUUCAUAAUGAUAUCAAGCCUGAGAAUCUCCUCUUCAACUCUCAAGGCGUGCUAAAGAUAGCUGAUUUUGGGAUUUCGAAAAUACUCAACGAGGAAACAUGCGGCGAACUCUUGCCCGGAACGCUGGGAUACAUGAGCCCUGAGAGGAUUCACGACUACUUCACCCAGCAACACGGACUACCCAAAGCCCAUGCAUAUGCUGGGGAUAUAUGGAGCUUUGGGAUGAGCAUCUGGGAGUUAUAUGUGGGAGACUAUCCAUUACUUGAUGACUCCUUAUUACAACCAACUUCAUAUUUGACCGCCAUCAAGACCGCCAUUUCAGCCUCUCAGCCACUGAGGCUAAUGCCGGCCGGUACUUCGCCAGAGUUAAGAAAUUUCAUUGCAUGUUGCUUGGAGAUACAUCCUCAGAAUCGGGCCACCGCCGAGGAUCUGUUGGGCCACCCCUUCAUUUUGCGCCAGCCUCUCAUCUCAAAUCUAUAA